CCUUUAUCUCCAAAACCCCCCAAACCCAUAACGACGAGUCGGUUCAGAGGUACGGUCUUCGUACUCGUCUCUGUUCUUGCUCUUGUUCUUUCAACCAAGAAAAAUCAAACAAAAAAAUUUGAAAACCCCCCAAAAAACCCUCCGCUCGACUCCUGUCUCGCGACAAGACUCGAUCACCCACCACCGCCAAACGAAACACCUCUUCUUCUGAGCCAGCUUCCCUGCUUCUCAGAGUUCUUCUCGCCUUUCCUCAACAACACUUCGUCAGGACUGUUCAUCUCGCAUCUUUCACGUCCAUCCUCCCCGUCAACGACAUCAAAAUGGCCGCUAACACCAACUCUGGCGCUGUUGAUCAGCUCGCCAAUGACCUUAACAACACUUCCCUCAACGGCAGCGAUGCCAAGGCCCCCGCCAUCGACACCAACGUGAGCGGAGGGUCUGAGGACGCCUCGGCCGCCACUCCCGGCUCUGCUGCUCCCCAGCCGCAGAACUCUGCCUCCCUCUACGUCGGCGAGCUCGACCCCUCCGUCACUGAGGCCAUGCUUUUCGAGCUCUUCUCUCAGAUCGGUGCGGUUGCCUCCAUCCGCGUCUGCCGCGAUGCUGUCACCCGCCGCUCCCUCGGCUAUGCCUACGUCAACUACAACUCAACUGCCGACGGUGAGAAGGCUCUCGAGGAGCUCAACUACACUCUCAUCAAGGGUCGUCCCUGCCGCAUCAUGUGGUCUCAGCGCGACCCCGCUCUGCGCAAGACUGGCCAGGGCAACGUCUUCAUCAAGAACCUCGACGUGGCCAUCGACAACAAGGCCCUCCACGACACUUUUGCUGCUUUCGGUAACAUUCUGAGCUGCAAGGUCGCCCAGGACGAAAACGGCAACUCCAAGGGUUACGGCUUUGUCCACUACGAGACCGACGAGGCUGCUCAGCAGGCCAUCAAGCACGUCAAUGGCAUGCUUCUCAACGAGAAGAAGGUCUACGUGGGACACCACAUUCCCAAGAAGGACCGCCAGAGCAAGUUCGAGGAGAUGAAGGCCAACUACACCAACAUCUACGUCAAGAACAUCAGCAACGAGGUCACCGAUGACGAGUUCCGCGACCUCUUUGAGAAGUACGGCGAGAUCACCUCUGCCUCUCUUGCCCGCGACCAGGAGGGCAAGAGCCGCGGCUUCGGUUUCGUCAACUUCACCACUCACGAGUGCGCCGCCAAAUCCGUCGAGGAACUCAACGGCAAGGACUUCCGCGGACAGGAUCUGUACGUUGGCCGUGCCCAGAAGAAGCAUGAGCGUGAGGAGGAGCUUCGCAAGUCGUACGAGGCCGCUCGCCUCGAGAAGGCCAACAAGUACCAGGGCGUCAAUCUGUACAUCAAGAACCUGGGUGAUGAUGUCGACGAUGAGAAGCUGCGCCAGAUGUUCUCUGAGUUUGGGCCCAUCACUUCUGCCAAGGUCAUGAGGGACAGCCUCGCCGAGACAGAGGAGAAGGAGCGAAAGGAGAGGGAAGAGGAGAAGGAGAAGGAAAACCAGAAGGAGGAGGUCAAGGAGGAGACCGAGGAGGAGGAGGAGACCGAGGAGUCAGCCGAGAAGAAGUCUGACAAGAAGGACAGGAAGCUUGGUAAGAGCAAGGGCUUCGGCUUCGUCUGCUUCAGCAACCCUGACGACGCCACCAAGGCUGUUGCCGAGAUGAACCAGCGCAUGAUCGACGGCAAGCCUCUCUACGUCGCCCUCGCUCAGCGCAAGGACGUCCGCAAGAGCCAGCUUGAGGCUAGCAUCCAGGCUCGCAACCAGUUGCGCAUGCAGCAGGCCGCUGCUGCCGCCGGCAUGCCCCAGCAGUACAUGCAGCCUCCGGUCUUCUACGGCCAGCAGCCUGGGUUCAUGCCUCAGGGUGGCCGUGGCAUGCCCUUCCCGCAGCCCGGCAUGGGCAUGGGUGGCGUGCAGGGCGGACGCCCUGGCCAGUUCCCCGGCUAUCCCCAGCAGGGAGGUCGUGGUGGCGUGCCUCAGCAGAUGCCUCCCAACAUGUACGGCAUGCCCGGUCAGUUCCCGCCCCAGUACGGCCAGCCUGGCACGCCUCAGUUCAUGGCUGCGAUGCAGCAGGCCCAGCAGGCCGCUCUGGGCGGCGGCCGUGGCGGCCCUCAGGGCGGCCGCGGUGCCAUGCCUCCCCCAAGCGCUCCUGGUGUGAUGCCCGGUUUCCCGCCGAACAACCGCCAGCAGGGCAACAUGGGUCGUGGCGGUAAUGCCAACGGCCGUAAUGGCAGCUUCCCUAAUCAGGCUCGUGGCGGCGACGCCAACAACGCUUCUGCUCUGCAGGCCCAGCUUUCCGCCGCUCAGCCCGCUCAGCAGAAGCAGAUGCUCGGCGAGCUGAUUUUCCCCAAGAUCCAGGCUAUCAAUGCCGACCUUGCCGGCAAGAUCACCGGUAUGCUGCUUGAGAUGGACAACGCCGAGCUCAUCAACCUCAUCGAGGACGAGGGCGCGCUGAAGGCCAAGGUCGACGAGGCGCUCGCGGUCUACGACGAGUAUGUCAAGACCCAGGGUGGCUCUGAGGGCGGCGAGGCCAAGAAAGAGGAAGAGACCAAGGCAUAAGCUCGCCAGCGUCAUCUUCCGCUACGAAAUAUCUUUCCUUUGUUAGUCUUUUCGCUUUUACGGUAAAUGCGUAUCCCGGAUCCGAUCUCAACAAACAGUUGAGCCGACUACAUGGCCGCCCCGAUGGCCGCCUAACAGGGAUUGCAUUUGUACAGAUAGACUUCGUUGCUAUUUCUUCUCGGGAAGGGGAAAAAUGACUGGCGGAGAUGUCGAUGGAUAAGCAUCGUUCGGAGGAAGCGACGAUGAGGUCUUGCGUCGUAGAUGGUUACGGCAAGCCGCUCCACGGAAAGGAAAGGAUCAGUCGGAAGGCGUUGGAAGGAUGUCGGUUUUCGUGCAGACCGCCUGGAGAAUGGCCUAUACCCCUCAACACGACACGGCACGCGCUUCUCGGGCAGACGAUGACACGGAGGUUACGCGGAUAGGACUUGUAAUACAUCAAUGUUCAGAA